GUUAUAAAAUAAGCGUCGCAAUUGCUCAUUAUAAACAAGUUGUGGUGAUCGUGGUGACGUUACAUAAGCAAAAAAGAAUUUUGGCAAAAACGAAUUUUCGUAGAAAUGUACAGAGAGUUAACUUUAUUGGCGAUAGUCAUCUUCGUGUUUGCACAUGGUGCAGUUAUCCCCUCCCUACCCCCCAGUGAUUCUGUCGAAGAACCCGAAUGCAAUGAAAUUUACAUGAAUUGCACAACGAUGGAAGAUUGCUGUCAACCUUACAGAUGUGUUUUUUAUAACAACAUACAGCAAUGUCAUUUUGGAACAGACAAUCCUGCGGUCGCUCCAGAGACAGGUGAAGGCAUACAAAUACCGAUAAAUCUUUUGGGUAACCUAGGUUGCGGUCUUAUAGGUGACAAGUGUGGAGAAGGCUUGAACAAAUGUUGUUUCCCAUUUGAGUGCACUUCAGCUGGAGGCAAAGACAAAUGUAAUUACGUUGAGCCGUACAAUCCUUGGGGAGUCUAUUCUGGUGUCCCCGGUCAUCCCUGACAGUAGAAAGUUCAUUCGACAUUUUGAAAAUAGUACAAAAAUUUCCUCUUGUGAAGAUGUAAAAAUACCUCUAAUAGAUAUCUAUUAAUCAUUCUCAAUAUCAAGUAUCAUUCGUUAUUAACUAUAUCUUGCUGUAUGAAAGGAAGUAUUUUAGGAUGUUUUGUAAGUAAUUAUAUUGUGGCGUGUUCGUUUUGGUAAAGUGCAAAGUAAAAACGUAUAUACACAAGAUAUUUAGCGAGUUCUAUUGCAUGCACGUUUCUCACUGCACGUAAAUCAUACUGCAACGUAAGCAGAACGUGUUCUCUGAUUGGUCGAUGCCCGUGUUUGGAUCAGGAAAUUGAAAACACGGAAAUUGAAAUUUGCUAUCGUCAUUGCUGUUGUGAGACUUUCGUUUGAACAUACCUGAAAACAAAGAUGGUCUAUUGCCUAAAUUGAUUUGGAUUGCAUUUCUGGUCUUUUAAAUGCAAACUUAAAUCAAGAUUGGUGAUUUUUCAAUAACCUCGCCGUAACUCUAUAUGUUGUCGUGGUUUUGACUUCGGUGUUCACUAAACUUUACGGCUUCUUUCGCUUGGGAGGGUAAAGCUUACAGCGUUGCUCUCUUGUUGUUAUUUUAUAAAACAAUUCUUAAACGCUAACAGCUUAUUAAUUGUUUGAUGCAAUAUGAAUUUUACCCUAUCUUCAAGAUGAAAUUUAAUCCCAAGCUUUGCAAAUGUUCUAAUAGAAUUUAAUUGCUUAUUUGGCACCAAAUUAAAAUUAAAUUCAUAAUUUAAAUUAAAGUAAGAUCAAUGAAUGGUUUAGGACAAGUUUCAUACUUGAGUCUAUGAGCUGUCCAACUCCUUUUGAACCGAUUAGAUGACGCUUUGUAACGGAAGGGUUUCUUGAAGUUCUUUCUGUAAGGAACGGCAAGGCACAAGGAUUUAAAGACAUUCGCUGUAAAAAAAAAGGAAAUUGAAUUCGGCCUGGAUUUUUUUUUUGGGGGGGGGGGAGAUUAUUCGUUAAAAGUACGUGGAACUUGGUGAUAAAACGCUCCGAAGAAAAGGAUCCGUGUUGAACUCGAUUCUUCGACCGUUUCGUGACCCAUCGAGUCAUUAACAUUAACAAUUACACAGGAAAAGCGUGAAAGACUAAACAUGUAAAAUUAUUUCUAUUUCUACUUCUUCGUAAUAUUAAAGUCAAACGCCCAACCCCGCAUUGUCCCACAUCAGGAGAUGAAGGGUAUACAAAGGGGCAUUACAAAGGUAUGUGCAUCACAUGCGCAAUGAUGGAUUCUGAGCUGCCUGAAAAUUGUUUGCAAAAUUUAAUGUCCCCGAUUUGAAGAGCUUUAAUGCCUUCGAUGUAUUGACGAUGGUUGCCCGAGUAAACCAUCGCUGCAAAGUGCCAUCACGGGGAGAUGAAUUAUGAAUACUGUACGUAUAAAGCAAUUCUAUAACGCAGAUCACAGUUCGAACGUCGACAAAAGACCAAGAGAAACUAUUACCCUGUGACUAUACAUCGCGCAACCACGUCUCGUUUCCAGUCCCCCAAAGAACAAAUGACGAUUGACCCAACAUGGCGGAUUUUGGUUUCGAAAAGUCAGAACAGGACAAUCCUGGGAAUGAUUUGACGAAGAGCAACAUGCUGUGUCCUGUGGAAGAAAAUGAAAGUCUUGAUGUGUUAAACGACGAAACCUUCGGCUCAGACUCUUUAAUGGAAUCUGAAUGGUUAGAAGACCCCAACAGCAGCAAAGUUGAUGAAUUUGAAAGGUGGAAGAGGGAGCAAAAGGCACCCACAAAUGGAAGUCUGCCCUUCGAUGAAGCACCUUCAAAUAUUCAAGAUGAGGAAAAAAUGGCUCUAGCCAUGUCAAAACUGGAUGAUAUUGAUAUUUCAUCUUCUACAAAGAACCCUGAAACACCACUACGAAAUGCUGAAACAAUCGAGGCCCUUUGGCCAACAUCACCAAAACAUAGCAGCAAUGUGGGCUCUCCACUUCAGUCACCCUACGGUUUAACGGAUUUGCUUUCACCGAAUCGCAAUAUUUGGGCAUCACCUUCUAGUGGCGAGAAGAAUGAAUUGUCGGAAGAGAAAUGUGCAAAUCACAUGAAUGACGAUAAGGAGAAGUUGUAUUCUCCUGUUUUAGAGGAUGAAGCGAUCGUGUCGGCUUUGCCUAAGCGAAUUCCUCAACCUAUUCGCGUGCAGGAUUUAGAGAAGAUAAGUCAGGGUCCCAGUGUCCUACCAAACUUUGUUGAUGCUCGGCCAAAAGUAAUCCGACCUCCUCCUGGUUUUCUGCCUAACAUCAAUGUCGGGGUAACAUCUUCGCAUCAUUCUCCACACCUUUUGCACUCCACUCCGUAUAACCAGCCACGCCCAAUUCCUCCCGUGCACCCUAAUCUCGCCGCAACUCAAGCUCAGGUAAUUUACUCGGCGAUGAUGAAACAGAGGAUGGGUUUUCCUCAUCCUAUCUCGAAUAACCCUCACCACCAACUUGCACCUCGUUUACAAAGGCCUUUUUAUCACUCCGAUCCAGGACACGUUAAUCGCCGCCCUUCCCCUAACAUGGCCGCCCAACAUGGCCGCUUCAUUGCCUCCCAAUCGCGGAACGCAUCGUGGGAUCACGUGCGUGGCGGUCGCAACCAUGACAAUCGACGACGUCAACAAAGUUACCUGACCGAGUCCGCGAGUCAUCGAUACGUUCCUCAGUACUACGUGGGUAGCGAUGACGAUGAUGAUAAUGAUUCAGGCACAUUAAUGACGGCAAAGGAAAAGGAUUGGAUAAUAAGGAUACAACUGAUGCAGUUGACUAGUGAUAAACCGGAACUCGAUGAUUAUUAUUUCCAUACAUUCGAAAGACGUCGUUUGGCCAAAGAGCGAUCGGAGAAUUCAACUGGAGUGGUCGCUGAAUCUAGACACGUGAACAAAGAUAUCGAGAUGACGUUACCACACGUGACAAAACAAGAUCAUAACUACAGACCAACAAAGUUCGAAGGAUCUCUUGGUCAAGUCUCUGUUGGGUCUGUAUUCCAUCCACGAGAAGUUGUUCAAGUGGGUGAUUCUGGCAAACCUAUAGGACCGGUUGGAUCUCUCAAGGAUACGAAAAAGAAAUAUCAAUUGCUUUUAACCGUAGAAAAGGGUUUCGAUCAAAUAUUGCCUAUUGAAGAACUAGGACGCAUGGUGCUGCAAGUACCUUUAGACGUCAGACCGCAACUCCGUGAAAGACGAGAAAGAUUAUGUCAGCGUUGUUUUGAUUUGCUUCAACUAAAGCCAUCUAAAGAUUCCAAUAAAAGAUACAAUGAUGACACUUUGCUUCAAAUACUCUCAGUAAGAAAAGGUCGAAGAUUGGUGAGCAAAAUUCUUCGCAUUGUUAAGCAGGAUCAGCGUUUCGAAAUUGCUCUAGCCAUUACGAGAAAUCUUCGCGUGUUUACUAAAAGAGACUUGUAUCAAGAUGAAACAGAAAGCAUCUGUGACGGUGUUGUGGACAUAGUUAAUGCGACUCCUUAUGAAUUAAUCGUUCAGCAUCGUAACAAUGUCAUGGAAGCUGAUAAUUCCGUCCUGCAUCUGCUUGGUAACAAGUUUACGCUGCGAAUCCUUGCUGCGCUGUUGAAACGUCUUUCGGAUCUCUCAAAGAAUAUAAACGAAAAUAACUUUAAAUCCUACACGAUGUGGUUGUCGUUUUUGUCCGUUGUGUGUCAAGAUUUUGUUUCGUGUUCACCCAAAAUCCUCGAGAAGAAUUACAGAGAAGCUCAAAUUGUAGUUGAUGUGUUAUGUCGUAAUGUUGGUGAUGAUAAGUUAUCUGUAAUUGAAGAACACUUUAGACUUGUCAAAAAUGCUCACAUGUAUUCGAAUCGCACGUGACCAAAGCCUUCGCACGUGAUUAUGGUAUUCGCUUAAUAAGUACUUAUAUAAAGAUGCAUUGAGAUUGCUGUCGUUUUGUGAUGUUAUUCAACGUUGUUUGUGCUUUUGUUUAUGUGAAAUUGAAUCAUGAAUUUGUCCAUGUGGUUAUUCCACAAGUAAGAUAGACGAAGACUGCGUAGGACUUCCACUUGUUGUGUAUUUUUUUUCGUAAAUGCUUCCAUUUGUUGCGUGUUUGUAGUUCAUAAAUGCCUCCCACUGUUUGUAACGUCAACUUUGUUCGGUGUCUCUCUCAAAAAGAUAAAUAUUUGCUUCGUAAUUUUGAUUUUUUCUCAAUUUGUGAGAGGUGUGAUGAAAAACGGAUGAAAACGAUUACGCAGGCCAACCGGAGCAAGUUUGAACUUGAUUUUAGGGAAAAAAACUGAACAAAUCAGUAUUGGGUGACACAAAAACAUCUAAUGUAUGCAGUUGCAUGCGUCAGAAGAAAACAAAACCCAGUUUACUUUUUGAAUAUAAAAUAUUUGAGAUGUCUUCAUGCUAUUGUGACAUUGAUUCUUUUAAUUUUGUCAUCUGUAUUUGAUUGCUUGUGCCUGGCUUGCUUUCUCGUUUCAUCUUCUCAUGAGAACAAUAUGAAUUUCUAGAAACAAAUUAUUGCGAAUAUGCCUACUUCAAACUUAUAAACUGGUGUUGUUGUUAAGACCGAAUAAAUUCUACCAAAUUAAAGAAAAUAUUUCUCACAUGUA